AUGGCAAUGCUUCGUGACUCUUCCACGGGAGAGGGGCCUCCUGCAGCUAAUGGAGCACCAACCACUUUCCAUGGCUGGCCCCGGCUUCCUGAUGAGCUCAAGCUUGAGGUUUUAUCCCAUUUACUCACCUUCACUGAAGGCAUUUAUAUUUACCGGGGGACUCCUUCUUACGAUUCCAGUAUGGAAGAGUCACACCAAAAGCGCCUGAAUGAUCACCUCUUUCCUCUGAUCGCAACCAGAAACAGUAACUUGGCCCUUCUUGCUCAAGAAGCCUACUACAAACACAACGUCUUCAUAGUAUACUUUUGGUUGCAUUUCGAUAACAUAACCUACUGGCCAAAGGCUUCUUGUGCCAGAAAGAUCCGGCACAUGACGCUAUGUCUGGGAUUAUACGCUGGUUCUACUAUGGAAGAGCUUUUGGUUGAUUGUGAGGGAGCAAGGCUGUUCCGACCUACUAGAGACCUCCGUACCGAUGCCAUUACCUGUCCCAAGGAAAAGGCUGAGGCCACAAGAAUUGCCAAAGCUAUACAAGACCAUCAGACAACACAUCCACAUCUCAACAAUCUACAAACUCUUUUCAUUGACGCGUUCAUAAUAUGUCGCGAUUUUCCUCAUGCGGAAAGUGGGCCGAAAUGUGAAUGCUGCUCUUGUCUGCAACAAUCCGUAUCUUUGGAGAAUUUGAUAAGUGGACUCGAGCUUGUGCUGCAGGCUAAAAAAGUGGUCGCAAAGACGGAAACUGAGUGUAGAUUUGCUACGACAAAUUGCGAUGAACACAAUCGUAUCAUUAUCAACGGCCUCGCCGAGAGAGCAACAAAAAAAUAG